AUGUCGAUCAGUCUUGACGAUGUCUCCACUUUACUUCACCUACCGGUACUGGGACAAUUAUGUGAUUUGGAGGAGUUGAAGUUUGAGGAUGAUGGCACAGUUGGUGCUGAGAUGGACAAUGCACGUGGUCCGAAAGUCAGACUCAGCUGGCUCAGAGAUAUAUAUGUUCAGAGGUCUCAGUCGCAGCAUUGGGACUAUGCUACCAGAGCAUAUCUGUUGCAUCUAGUAGGAUGCACAAUUUUUGCAAAUAAAAGUGUCACUUCUAUACGCGUGUCUUACCUACUAUUAUUUAGAGAUGUACACGCGUGUAACAGAUAUGCUUGGGGUGUUGCUGCACUCGCACAUUUGUACGACCAACUCAGGGAUGCAAGUCUGGCUUCCACGAAGAAGAUGGCUGGAUAUCUAACUUUGUUUCAGAGUUGGAUAUACGAGCAUUUCCCUAACAUGGGAAGGAGGCAAUUGGUGUCUUCUUAUGAUGACACCACACCACGUGCGGCUAGGUGGCAGAGCCCUCGACAGAGUUCGACUCUUGUAGAGAUUUGGUCGCAGUUGGAUGGCCUGACAUACAGUGGAGUUCUAUGGCAUCUAUAUGAAGGACAUCGGGGCAUUCGUCCAUUCUUCGACAUCUGUAUGUAUUCUGGAUGGAUUCGAAUUGGUGACACCUUUUCCCGUCAUUUGCCUGAGCACGUGAUGAGGCAUUUUGGGUUAUACCAGGAGAUUCCACGACCACCCACUACCGUUGCAGAUGCAGAUGUAGUCGUUGUUGAUUAUGUGUGGUUGCACUUCAUGAAUCACGUUAUUAUGAAUGUGAGACAGGCAUCAUACCCUUCUGAAUGUGUCGAUGGAUACAUACAGUGGUUUAGGAGGAUUUGA